GCGGAGCGUGCGCUAAGCUCGCUAGCCGCCCCAGCCCCGCGCUCCCGCUGUCUACACGGGAACACACGACCCCACGACCAAAAAACACACAGCUAACGAACAGUGCUACACCGCGAAACAUAAAUAAAAAUUAAAUUCACGUGAUUAAAUACAAAAUCUUUAGUUUUACGUUCGUAACACGUUCCGAUCUGUGCCAUAAGUAACGCUCGCUCGAGUAUCAUCACAAUUUGUGUCUCCACUGCGCAUGGCGCGCAACUUGACCGGUUUGAGAUGCCUCUGAAGUUGAGAGCAAACCAGGCGUUCGACCACCUUUUGUAUCUGGCCGGAGAGUAAUGACGCGGAUGACAAGGCAAAAACAGGUAAUCAUCUGCUGAUUACAAAGUUCCAAUGCUACAUGUCCUUGCACGUUGGAUGCGGUGCUCGAGCAUGUGGUCAACGCGAUGUCUUGGAAUGUCCGGGCCACCUGUAGCCGACAAUUUGGGAACAAACUAUCACUGAUAAAAUUCUUCUUCUUUAUCAGCUUCACUAAUUUAUUUGCUUGUUUAUACUGGGCCCAAGAAACAAAUAUACAGCAACAGACUUCUGUCACUGACAGUUUGGUUCAAGAAGCGAUCGAAAAUGUCGGACGUGAUUAUAGAUAUGAGAACGUAUACAGAAAGUUGAACGCCCUUCCCAAAGAUUUCAAAUACAUUCUUUUGUGGACUCGUAAAGACUACGCUCCAUUCUACUUUUAUGGCGAAGGACAAAGAGCCUUCCUCGAGAACGAUUGUGAGCAGAUCAAAUGUUACGUAGCCACGGAUAGAAAAUUCUUUGGACAUGACCUGACUAAGUUUGACGCUAUCGCCUUCAACGGACGAAAUAUGAAGUCAAACGACUUGCCCUCAAUUAGAUCUCCCCAUCAGCAAUACAUAUAUAUCAACAUGGAAUCUGCUGAUAACUAUCCCGUUUGUGAUAAAGCAUUUAAUGGUUUUUUUAACUGGACCUCCAGUUAUAGACUUGAUUCUGAUAUUCGAUGUGGUUACAUAGUAAUCAGAAACAAACAAGGUGAUAUUGUUGGUCCAAACCAAAAAAUGUUAUGGGAAAAGAAGCCCACCACAAUAGACGAAGAAUAUAUUGACAUGAGUAGAGUAAAAAAUAAAACAAAAGCCGCAGCUUGGUUCGUGUCCAACUGCCGAAGUAGAAGCGGCCGACUUAGUUAUGCCAAAGGAUUAAUGAAUGCUUUAAAACCAUUCAACUUAACAGUAGAUGUGUACGGCAAGUGUGGCAAAUCACGUUGUCCUACAACAGGAGCAAAUAAUUGUAGUCACUUGUUGCAGCACGAUUACUAUUUUUAUAUGUCAAUGGAGAACUCUUUCGAUGAAGACUAUGUGACGGAAAAGUUGCUGACGGCAUUACAUAAUGAUGUUGUGCCCAUAGUCUAUGGAGGAGCAGAUUACACUAGAUUUCUUCCCCCGGGAACUUAUAUCGACGCUUCGAAAUACCAUGUUACAGAAUUGGCCACCUUGAUGAACAAUUUAAUACAUUCCCCCAAGUUAUACAAUCAAUAUUUUUGGUGGAAAAAGUUUUACACAUACCACAAUCCCCUUAAGGAGAACGUUUGCGGAUUAUGUUCAGCUCUUCAUAAUGAGAAAAUGCUUAAAAAAAUAACGAUUUACGAAGAUUUUCGGAGCUGGUGGUAUCCUAAAUAUAAAAAACGGUGCCAUUAAUUUCACCUAGUCACGUGAUGUGUGAAGAAGAUUCCAACUAUAUUAUAACUCGGCCAGGCUGGACUACGUCACAUUUCACAUAGAUAUAAUUUACCCUGUUGAUCACCAUCAUUAACAACAACACUGAACUUCCGAGAGGUCAAAUGUGCUUAAUGUUUGAGUACCCUAAUUCUUAUAAACUGAGUAUUUAUUCUUUAAGUUUCAUUUAAGCUUUAUAUUUCUCUGAUUGGAAAUAACGUUGAAAAUGUAACUAAACGAAAUGGAAACACGACAAAAGAGAAAUUAAUCUCACUAAAUACUUCUCUAAACUGGUUUUGCCUAGAUAAAAAUAGUCGGAGAAACAGAACAUAACAAGGCAAUUCAAUAUGGUAGACAAUGAUAUUAUAAGUAAAAAAGUGUAGAUAGGUUACAAGCGGUCACCAAGUGAUACAUUAAAAUGUGGCUAACUAGCCACACUUUUUCAUAUUUGUCUCUUUUUCACUCGCGAUUAUUGAAUCAUGCCAUCUCACUUUGACGUCUUAACAUACGAAUUGUUCAUGUGUGUAUCAGUGUGUGGUUUUUGGAAAAUGGAAUUUUGUUUAGGUAUUAUGCGGCCGUUGUAUCUU